AUGUCGAAGGACCUAGCCGGCAUCCGACAAGCGUUGGAACGUGCGCGGAACUGUGAAGAUGGCACCGUGGACCCGCAAACGACCGCCAUCCUCGAAGCCGCCAUCACCGAACUAUGGACGCGCAUCCAAGCCGAUCCGGACAGCUAUGUGCUCAGCCGCGAUGAGUUCGCGCUCUUCAAUUACUUUCUCGAGCGCUACCGCGGCUCGACUGUCGCCCAGCGGGCUGUGGCGCGGUUUUGGAACAAUUACCAGGGCUCCCCCAACGCGGCGGCUAAGAAAUAG